CCUCCUCCUCCUCCUCUCGUCCUCCGCCUUGCAACUCCAAAGGCUCCCAAGCCUCUCGCCUUUUGGCGCUUGGAGCCCAGAGGAUGGCGUCCCCCCCCCUCCGCCUCGCCAAGGGCCAAAUGUCAGCAUGACUAAGAACUGACAAAGAACCUCAAGACUAUCCAAACAUUUGUCCCGUGGAAGGUAGAAAGGGUCCAAAGACCACUCAUCUAUUGUGUAACCAUGGCAGAUCCUUCAGCUGAAGUGCCAUUUUCUAUGAUGACACAACCACAGCUAAUCGAGUCCACAGCCAUGAGUGAACCUCAGUGUUACUACAAUGAGACCAUUGCCUUCUUUUAUAACAGAAGUGGAAAAUAUUUAGCCACUGAAUGGAACACUGUGAGCAAGCUUGUGAUGGGCCUUGGGAUUACAGUAUGUGUCUUCAUCAUGCUAGCCAACCUCUUAGUUAUGGUGGCUAUCUAUGUGAACCGGCGUUUUCAUUUUCCUAUUUAUUACCUUAUGGCAAAUUUGGCAGCUGCUGACUUCUUUGCAGGGCUGGCAUAUUUUUAUCUAAUGUUUAACACGGGACCCAACACUAGAAGAUUGACUGUGAGCACGUGGCUCCUUCGUCAGGGCCUCAUUGAUACUAGCCUGACAGCCUCUGUUGCCAACCUGUUGGCCAUUGCCAUUGAGAGGCAUAUCACUGUGUUCCGCAUGCAGCUACAUACGCGGAUGAGUAAUCGUCGAGUAGUAGUGGUCAUCGUUGUCAUUUGGACUAUGGCUAUCGUUAUGGGCGCUAUACCAAGUGUCGGCUGGAAUUGCAUCUGUGACCUCACUCACUGUUCCAACAUGGCACCACUCUACAGUGACUCUUACUUGGUUUUCUGGGCUAUUUUCAACCUGGUCACCUUUGUAGUCAUGGUGGUCUUGUAUGCUCAUAUCUUUGGAUAUGUGCGCCAGAGGACUAUGAGAAUGUCCAGGCACAGCUCUGGGCCACGUAGGAAUCGGGAUACCAUGAUGAGUCUUCUGAAGACUGUGGUCAUUGUGCUUGGUGCUUUUAUAAUUUGCUGGACUCCAGGAUUAGUCUUGCUUCUCCUUGAUGUUUGCUGCCCACAGUGCAAUGUCUUGGCAUAUGAAAAGUUCUUCUUGUUGCUUGCCGAGUUCAAUUCUGCCAUGAACCCCAUCAUCUACUCUUAUCGGGACAAGGAAAUGAGUGCUACUUUCAAACAGAUUCUUUGCUGCCAGCGUACCGAAAAUGCCAAUGGCCCAACAGAAGGCUCUGACCGUUCUGCCUCUUCACUCAAUCACUCCAUCUUGACUGGAGUACACAGUAAUGAUCACUCUGUCGUUUGAAAAGGGAAAUGGACAAUUACAAAAAGGAAACAAAGCCUACCCUUGUGAAUUUAAUGCCCAGUGGAAAACGUCUGGUGCAGCUAUUGACACCAUUGUUGGAAGCCUUUGAAGCAGAGGAAAUGACACACUUAAACGUUCUUCUUAAUCACUAAUGGAUGAUACUUACUCAAACAUGAAAUGUCCAUGAAACUAUUCAAGCUAAAACACCUCACUUGUGGGUUUGGAGUUUUGACAUCUGUUUUGUGAGAGUGGAAAAUGAGCUUCUUCUACCAAGAAGCUGACAAACUCUUGGGGAAGCCAUUUUAAACUCCUUUAACUAGCCUUCAUCAGCUGAUACUUUGUGAUGGUCCUAACUGAAUUCAUCUCCAAUUAAUAAGCUUCACAGCAGCUUCACUGCCUUUUCAUUUAGACAUUUCGGAUCCUUCCUCAGUGUCAUGUUUUGUAAUGAAUUUCAUUUAAUAAUUAUCCCCAUCAGCAUGCUUUUUGAUGGAUGUUUUGUGGGCAAGGAGAGAAUCUGUUAUAGCUUUCAUUAUUAUUUACAAUGCCAAUAACAAUGAAAAACUUUUUUUUACUAGCAACAGUGUUCAGGAACAGGUAUGAUGUGGUUAUGCAGCCAUGCCUGAUUCUCACAUGGAAACCAAUGAGACCUAAAAGUGUUGUAGUUUAACUCUAUUUUAAAGUUAAGAGUGGAACAAACUAUUUCAUAUAGACUGGAAGUCACAAUUUUCUCAUGGGCUUAAUCCUUUUUGUGGGAUAUAAAGUGCCACAUUUCCCAAGGGACAAAAUAUGAGUAGUUUGUGUUUUAAGACCUAUUUGUGGUGUUGAGUCUUUUGGCUAAAAGGAUUUUGGUUUUGGGCAAAAGUAGCAUUUUUAUUGUCCUAUUCCAAAGGAAGAUUUGUCAUAUCUGUUCAUUCCAGUGAAAGCUAGGUUAUAUAUGUCCAGUGUAAGUAUUUGGUACAGUUUGGGGAAGGAUGCAAGAUCCCACUCAAAACUCUGACAUAAUUUAGAGAAAAGAUGUUUGAGUUUCAAAUGUUGGAGAUAAGGAAGUUAUCUCUUUUUUACCUUUUCAUCAUUUUUAAAACACAAAUCCUUUAUAGAUGGUGACAGCUGACAUUUUCUCCAUCCCACAAGUAUACAAAACAAAGGCCAUAGCUGUUGUUUCAUUUGCUCCAAUGUUUGCAAAGGCAGGGUUUCGUGGACCUUGUUUUUUUAUUACCCUUGUGGGCAGCAGGUUUUUUAAAACAACACCUGAAACCCAAUGAACCUCUUUCCCCCCCUCUUUGAAAUAUCAUUUAUACUAAUUUAUAAGUCAGCCUUGUGUAUAUGUCAAGGGCAAGUUUUGGGACCAAAAUUUUGGAUUUUGAUAUGACCUGUGAAUAAGUUGAGGAUCUUUUCACAGGUGUCAGAGAGGUCGCCAAAGACCACCAGAAAACAGUAUUUUCUGUUGGUUAUGUGGGUUCUGUGUGGGAAGUUUGGCCCAAUUCUAUCGUUGGUGGGAUUCAGAGUGCUCUUUGAUUGUUGUGAACUAUAAAUACCAGCAAUUACAACUCCCAAAUGACAAAAUCAAUCCCCCCGUAACCCCACCCGUAUUCACAUUUGGGCAUAUUGAGUAUCUGCCAAGUUUGGUCCAGAUACAUAAUUGUUUGAGUCCACGAUGCUCUCUGGAUUUAGGUGAACUACAACUUCAAAAUUCAAGGUCAGUGCUCACCAAACCAUUCCAGUAUUUUCUGUUGGUCAUGGGAGUUAUGUGUGCCAAGUUUGGUUCAAUUCCAUCAUUAGUGGUGUUCAAAAUGCUCUUUGAUUGUAAGUGAACUAUAAAUCCCAGCAAUUGCAACUCCCAAAUAACAAAAUCAAUCUCUUCCCCAACCCCACCAGUAUUCAAAUUUGGGCAUAUCGGGUAUUUGUGCCAUGUUUGGUGCAAUGAAUGAAAUACAUGUAUUUUGUGCAUUACGAUUACAUUUACAUUACAAUUCAUAACUGUAGCAAAAUUACAGUAGCAAAAUAUGAAGUAGCAACAAAAAUAAUUUUAUGGUUUGGGGAUCACUGUAUUAAGGGGUCAUGACAUUAGGAAGGUUGAGAACCACUGGACUAAGCCCUUGCCUUUUGCUGUGCUAAAAUUUCUAGACAAAUAUUGAGGACAUGAAUAUGUGAAUACACAAGUACACAAUCGGCAUAGCUCCCUCAAAUUUGCUAUUAAAAAUGCAGUGGCAGAUUUGAAGAGCUAUUAUAUAUCCACCGCAAUUUUUUGUUCACAUCCAAGUGUGUGCCCAGAGUACACAUUUCUAGGCCAUUGUAUUAUUUUUUGGUUUUGUAGAGGCAACAAUAUAAUAAUUACAAUUGAAAUACAUUAGUCUUCCAUUCCUGCAAAACAAUCUGGUAUUUAGAAAAGCGGCUUUAAUACAAAGCCCUUUUUUCAUCAACUUUUUAUAUUUAAAGGUGUGUAUAUUGAUGGCUGAGGAUAUUUUUUUAGAAAGAAACUGAGAUGGAUGCAAUCAUUGCACAGUGUGCUGCUUCAAUGGUAACUUUGUGGUGGUCCUCUUCUGUGCUGAGAAUCGUCCUGUAUUGGAAAGAGCCCUUGCUUGGAACUGAGACAUCAUCUUAGUGCUCUGGAAUGACAGAGAAAAAUAACUGAGACAAUAUUGUUUUUGUGUGAGUAGAGUAUGUAGUUUUUGAAGGCUAAUGUAUAGCAAUGUCAAAAGGGUAAAGGGUAUGUAUAAAGGCCGACGAUUUAGUACUGUACGAAAUGCUAAAUUGAAGAUAAGAGAGUGUGGCUGAUCCCACAAGGAGAUGUCCAAGAAAAACCCUGCCAGUUAACCUAAAAUUCAAAUAACAAUGAGUAUUUCAUGAAUUCCUUAUCAAAAUUAAAAUCAAUGAACCCAUUAUCCUUUACUUAUGUCAUAAAAGAGGCUGUUAUAAUUUUUUAAAUACCCUAAAUGCUAAGCCACUAAUAAAGUUUUCUCAAUGAAUAUUUAA